ACCUUUUCUAUAUCGCGCCCUAAUUCCUAGUUACAAGCGUUCAUAUAUAAAGGCAGGUGUUUGGGAUGAGUGAGUUGAUUAGGUGUGGUGCGCAGGUGUUGAGCAGUCCCGCGUCCGCCGUUCUCCUCAUGAAUGUUGUGUUGCUGGCGGCGCUGGUGGGUGUUGCCGCCGCCCGCGACAUAUACCGUGGGGGAUACCAUUAUCACCGUCGCCACCACCUCGCCUCCUUCAGGCACUCGGCAAGACGGUCGAUCAAUCCAGAGUUCCAGUCAGCAUUCCAGGAGAAGAACGCCACCGUGUCCCCCGAGGCCGCCACGACACUAAUCAUGCCUACAGCCUUCCAGACGGUAGACUUCCUUGAGUCAACACCUCGCCAACUUCCAUCGGCUUUCCGGGAAAAUGGGACUUCGUUCUCCUGGGAGACUUCGGCGGGUCAAGUUUUUCUUCGAGCCUUUGAGAAGGUUAAUCUUCCUGAAUCUGACAGUCGCCAACUUCCAUCAAUUUUCCGGGAAAUUGGUUCUUCAUUGUCACCUGAGGCUUCCACACCACGGGUUCUGCAAACGGCAUUUGAAAAAGUGCAUAUAUUCUCUACAGACAGUCGCCAACUUCCAUCAGUUUUCCGGGAAAUUGGUUCUUCAUUGUCACCUGAGGCUUCCACACCGCGAGUUCUGCCAACGGCCUUUAAGAGAAUGAAUAUAUCGAUAUUAAAGAGUAACCAACUUCAGUCGGCUUUCCAAGAGAAUUUUUGUAGAGUAAGAAAGGCAUGUGUGUAACUAAACAAAUAUUAUUUUUUUGCUAUUUAGAAAAAUUACAGCCCGACUUCAUGUCUACAACAAUGUCUUUACUUUAUUUUCCGCGAUAACACUCCGUCAGUGUUCAAUAUGUUCCCUUCUAAACCAACCCGUUAACUCCUUACCAUUAUUCACACCAAACUUCAUGAUAUCCAUAAAUUAAACUGUUAUACAAUAAAAAUACUCCUGUAAAUAAAGUGUGUGAGAGAGUAGGCGUCUUAAACUUCGUUUACAGGAAGGAGGAAUAAAACAAUAUCACUCAUUUAUCCACACCAUCCAUGAAUCGUCACGACAUAGUUAAAAACACCCACAAUCACCAGUGACCGGAGGAGGCUACACACGCUUGAAGCCAUCCAUAUUCGCCAGCUUGCCCAUCGACAAUCACACGAGUGAAUUUGGCCUCGAAACUACAGCCGUGUGAUGGCUGUAAUCUGACCCAGAGGGAAGGUUACCGUUGCAUUAGACAACCAGCUUUACCUGACCGGCUAGUUCAACGGUCACAAUGACUCAGUGUUCAUCUCACCCAAGCACAGCUGGAGCGACGGGUUGAGGUGAAGCCUCGCCUAUACAUGUUAAGUUGUUAUGUGUCAUUCUGGUGUUCCUCUUACCGUGUACAUUAUGUUCCUCAACCUGUCAACUUAUUUACAAAAACGCUGAAAUAAAAUGGAAAGAUUAAGAGAA